ACCCCGGCGUCUGCAUCUUGAGAUGAACCCAGCCAAAUUUUAUUAAGGUUGUAGUAUCAAGCUCCAGUUCUGAAGUACAAAAAAACAAGCCACAACCGGCAAAAAUAGGAAUAUAUGCCUACACAUAGCCUACUAUUGAACCGUCACCCAAACCGGUUGUACGUAUCCCUUGCUACCAUCUUCCAUUGGUUGCACUGUGUAUUAAUCCAUUGACACAAAGUUAGACACAAUGGAUCCGACUAGCUUAUAAAAGUUGGAGAUGUAGGAUUUAAGGUUGUCUUGACCAACAAUGGUGCCCUCAUCUUGUUCAAGCUGAACAAUUUUUCUUCUUUUUAUGCUUCCCGUUUGUAAUUAAAUGGAAAAACUGGGUGUUACUAUCACCUUCCCGCAUGUCCCUCACUUUGGUACUUUGACUCAGGUACUCCAGUGGGUUGGCUAAACUUGUUUCUUUACUUUAUUACAUGCCUACAUAACAAUUUUGAUGCCACCCCAGUAGAAGAGUUUUAUGUUUGUGGACAACAUAGUAUACCAUUUAUUUUCCAACAGCUGUGAUUCUGAGAUCUUGUGCCGCCAAAUGACUACUGAAAACACUUGAACUAUUAGAGAAUAGAAGGAUACCAAAACUUUCAACAUGUUUGCGUUGAUGAUUGCCGGUGCCGAGAUUAUUAGUGCAUCCAGCUCUGUCAGCCAGUUUUAUGUGAUAAUCAGUAAACACAAAGCAGCAAGUUACUGUAUUUACUUCAGUACAUAAUUUUGUGACGAAAAGGAGGGCUGGAGCAAGUCAUGAACAUCGGGCAGCUUUAAUUGCAGAUGGGAGGGCAAGAGAAAGGGGGGGAAUUCAUUACGGUCUCACCUUCCAUGAAAAAAGGUAAAACGCUGCUUUUGAUAAGGUAAAAAAAGAGUGGAAGAGACGAAUUGUCUAGUGGAGGCCCAUGUGGUAAACUUUAAUUAACCCCAUGCACAUGGCCACCCUCUUGUUUCACGCAACCCAACCCUGCUUUACUUGUUGCCAUCCUAUAGAACCAUGGAUGGACCACGCCUUAAAUAUUUCUGUCAAGCAGCGCUUAACAACUCUCUGACCAUGAUGCCAAGCCAACAGUUACCUCUAAUGACUUAACCUACAGCUUCACAAGAGGACAUGGGGUGUGCACUGCAGCACCGGUAACAGUUCACCAGAAAGUUUCAGUUUUCUAAGCAUUAAUUAACUGUUGCAGUUACCUUUACGUCCAUCAGUUUCAGAUUAAAUAUUUGCGGCAUACGCGUUCUACAUGGUUUGUUAUUGAAAAGGAAGCAGCAGCAAUUCCUUGUUCCAUGCUGUGCCUCAUCAUGGCUUCUUUCUUCUUUAGCAUCGCUGCAUCAUUUGGGCCACUAAAGCCCUUCUUGCCCUUGUGAUUGUGAGCAAGUUCUUGAUGCUUCCCAGAUCCCAAAUGGCCAUACAACUCACGCUUCUACUCAUUUCGUGUAGCCUUUACAGUAUGUAUUCCUCUUCUUCUUUCUCCACGUCCUCCUCUCUUGCAUUGCUGGUGCUGGUUAUCUCCACCUGCCUCUCCUUGCUCUUCUCAAACCUCAGACAACUGGUGAGAACCAGCAGCCACAAAGCUUCCAUGGAGGUGGUUGCUCAUCAGGAGAAGAGCACUGUGCCACAAGAUGAGGUGUCCGAGGAUGCGCUGGAGGAUUCGGCUGGAAGCCUGUCGGGGUCUUCAGAUUGCCAGGUCAGCGAAGAGGGGACUGAUGAAGUCUCGGUGUCUGAUGACGACGACGAUGAGAGUCUUAUUGAGAUCUCCCUUGUUGAUGGGUACUAUGUGGGGCAAGAGGAGCAAUGUCUCUGGAAGAAGGAGCAAGACCUCCUCGCCGACUUCCUGCCGGAGUUCGCUCUUGACAGGAGGGACUUCAUAGACAUCUUGUCGGAGAUCAGUGAGGAGGAAAACAUGAUUGAGAUUGACAUUGCAAGGGGCUCCAUCAAGUGCGCAAACUUCAGCAUCAAAGCAUGAGCUUUGCAGAGGUUUGGUCUAUGAAUUGCUCCGGAGCUUUCGUCAGGGCAAGGGAGUAGUAGUAGGUUGUACUACUGGAAUACAUGUGGUUUAUUGCCUUGCCUUUUUUUCACAAAGAGCUCAGUUUUCAUUAGUGAUUCUUCAGUGGAAGCCUUGCUGCAUCUCUUUUCUUGUGCUUUCUGAAUGUUACUAGAGAAGGAAUAAAGCGCGUGCACAUAUUUGGCUCGAAGAGAUUUAAGGAAAUCAUAUGUGUUUGCUUGGCCCUUCUUUUCAUACCUAGUGUUUUAGACUUGAGUAGAUGCUAAUAGUUAUGUCAGGGCUAGCUAUAUCAAUCUCAAGGUGGGGUAUACUUAAGUUACUUUAUACAGGUUAGUGCACUAAUACAGAACUGCAUUGCAAUUAAAAAACUGAAUAUGAUUUGUAAGCUACUUGAUGUGGUUUUAGAAAUUAAGCUCAACCUUUUGUCAUUCUCAAUGAAAAACUGGACAUUCAUCCAAUCAAAGGUAGCGGCAUAUGGUUCAACAAUGUAGAAUAAUCGGUCUUUUAGUUUGUGCAGCUGGGUGCUUUUAGCGCUGAUGUUUGAUAUGGAAAAAGGUUAUGAGAUCUUAAUGAUUUGCACAGUAGCUUCUAGUGCUGUCCAUAACAAAUGUAGUUUUGGG